CAUGUCCGAUGCACUCCCCGCCGCCGAAGCACCAGUGGCUGGCGAGCUGGUCAGCCUCCAUUCGCUUAAUCGACAAGAGUUGAAUGGGCAGCGGGCUAUUGUGACGGGCCGGCUCGGCGGCAACAUGCGACUCCCCGUCCAGCUGAUUGGAACGGGCGCAAACCUUUCCGUCAGGCUGCAUAACGUGACUCGUACGACAGGAGAAAGCGCCGACGUGCCCAUUUGUCGCAUUUGCUUCGAGCCGGCGGCGCCUCACUGCCCUCUCUCGCAGCCAUGCUCAUGCCGUGGCACAUCGGCGUGGGCGCAUCGUGAGUGCCUCACCCGCUGGCGCCGCAGCAGUGUGAAUAUCGACGCGGCGAUCGAGUGUGGCCAGUGCAAGCAGCGGUAUCGGGACCAGCUCUCAAUCGAGCUCAUAGCCGAAGCGGCGCGCGCGCAGCGCGACAACUUUGGCUCCAUCAGCCUCUCGAACGCCCUCGAAAUGGCGCGAGAGUUCGCUGACCAGGGCCACUACGCCGAGGCCGAGGCGCUGUACCGGCACGGGCUGCGCUCGCUUCCAACGGCUGCCCACGGCGGUGUGGACGAGCGCGUGACGGACAUGGCGUGCGAUGCGACCAACAACCUCGCGAUGGCGAUGCUCGAGGGGGGCGACCUGGGCGGGGCGCUUCCCCUCCUACGUCGGACUCUCGAGGUGAGCCGCGGGUCGCUCGGCGAUCGGCACCCGAGCACGCUCACGUCGGUCAACAACUUGGGGCGCGCGACUCCCCUUGGCAAGCUCGUCCUCAAGAAGGGUGGCGAGUUGGAGGAGGCCGAGCAGCUCUACCGCGAGGCCCUCGCCGCCCGCCGCGACGUCCUCGGCGCCUCGCACGAGGACACCCUCAACUCGACCUUCAACCUCGCGGGUCUGCUCAAGGCGUGGCGUGCGAAGGGCGACAUCGCCGGAGCCGAGCCGCUCUACCGCGAGGUGCUUCAGGUGCUGCGGUCUACCGUCGGCAGCCGGCACCCUCACGCCCUCAACGCCAUGCAAGGCCUCUCCACUCUGCUCUUCCAGCUCGGCCGCGAGGAGGAGGCGAAAGUCCUCUGCCGCGAGGCACUUGGCAUCGCUCGUGACGUGGUUGGCGUGUACCACCCGCUGUACCAGGUGCUGGCCAACAACCCGUGGGGGAUGCGUUGACUCACUCGCGGGGCCGUGCGCGAGGGGCGGCGCGUGAUUAGCCAUCUCUAUUAACUGCGGGACGUCGCACUGGCGCGAGGUCCGAGGAGCGACGAGCGAGACCAUGAUCCAUGAACGUUCCUCACAUAAACGCACAAGCCCGGGCCCGAAAUCGCUGAGAGACAGUCAUGAACGUUCACAGCCUUGUUAUUGAGAAGAAAAUACGUCCUAUGGCGCUGUGCGCUGGUCUGUCAGAGGUUGAGGACUGGUUGAGGUGCGAGCCCUGUUCACAGCCUUGUUAUUGAGAAGAAAAUACCUCCU